AUGGGUAGUCAAGCUCACUCAAAAUUUGUCAUAGAGACAGAUAAUUUAUUUGAUGAAUGCGAAAGUUUCUCAAAAUUGCAUGCAGAAGAUUUAACAGAAUCUUUGGUAGAGGCAAAAUUAGAAUCUUUAGAGGAAGACUGGAAGACGAUUCGAACAUCCUAUGAGGCGAUAUAUAGUGCGGCAGAUUCCUUAAUAUCGCCCGAAUUUAAAGAGUUAUCACGAACUAGGUUUCGAGAAUGUAGAGAGAAAUAUCAGUUGACAAAAGCGAGUAUGAAUGACCUCUUAAAAGCUGCAAAGAGCCCACCUACAGUACAAACUGACCCAUAUCAUUCUUCUACAUUAGGUGGCUCAUCAUUUUAUCCAAUGAAUACUACAUUCGACUUAUCAGAAGUAGGGUUACGUGUUCCUGCUUGUGAUAUUAAGGUCUUUAAUGGUAGUUAUGAAGAGUGGCCAGCAUUUAGGGAUAUGUUUUCGGUUCUCUAUCAUACAAAUCCAAGAGUAUCGCAGGUUGAAAAGUUUUUCCACUUGCUAAACAAAACUUCGGGAGAUGCAUUGGCAAUUGUUCGAAAAUUCAGUUUGUCGGAACAGAACUACAUGCCAGCUUGGAACGCUUUAAAGUCGAGAUAUGAGAACAAAAAAUUUUUAGUAGAAAUUCAGAUGAAAACUCUAUUUAAUUUAGAGCCAGCCAAAUCAGAGAAUAGUGUCGAUAUUAACAGGAUAAGAACAACUAUAUGUGAUUGUUUAUCAAUGUUAAUAGGACAUGGUAUACGAGUGGACCAAUGGGAUCCAAUUUUGGUAUAUUUGUGCAGUACAAAAUUAUCUAUUCAAACCAUUACUGCUUGGGAAGAGUCUUUAGAAUCCGAUUCUGAUUUGCCAUCCUGGCAUCAAAUGGAUACUUUUUUAAAAAGUAGACACCGAGUAUUGGAAAGAAUAGAAAUGGCACGUGACCAAAUGUCGGCAAACGAAUCAAGUCACAAAGGUGAUCAAAAGCCUGGAACUAGUAAAAAUAUCAAAAAGAGAACAGACACAAAUAGUCAGAACUUAUGUGUAUUUUGCAACGAAAAUCAUUAUCUAAGAAAUUGUAGAAAAUUCUCUGAUUUAACUGUUAAGCAGCGAGUUGAUUUUGUAGAACAGAAUAAAAUAUGUACCAAUUGUCUUUCGCCUACUCAUUUAAAUCAGGAUUGCAGAAGUAUAUUUCGUUGUACACAAUGUAAAAAUAAGCAUCAUAGUUUAUUACAUGUGAACCAUAACAUAAAUAAUGAACUGGUUUCAAGGGCUAAUAGGCCAGUAAAUUCAUUUCAUACUGAAUAUACACAUCCUGUGAAGAGUAUGGAAACGGAAAAUAAUGGCCCGGAAAAGCAGUGUCCCUCUUGUAGUAAACAUGAUCAGAUAAAUGUCCAAACUCAUCUAUCGGUAAACGAUGAUAAUAUUCUAUUACCAACAGCCUUAGUACAAAUCAAUCACUUGGGUGAUAAGUUCAGUAUUAGAGCUCUGAUAGAUUCAGCUUCCAAAAGAUCGUUUCUAACUGAAAGAAUACGAAAUAGAUUAAAUUUAAAAACAGAACCUGCAGAUUUUGAAAUAUGUGGAUUAGGAGGUACUGUAGUAUCUAAUUCAAAGAAAAUUUGUAAUGUAACACUUUGCGCAGAGAAACAUAAUUUUAUACUUGAUACUCAAGCUAUAAUCGUUUCAAACUUAACAAGUUUGAUGCCGUCAACAACAAUUUCCAAUCCUAAUCUUGACGAGAUCAGUGAAUUGGAAUUGGCGGAUCCGAAAUUUUAUGUUUCUUCGCAGGUAGACAUGUUAUUAGGAAGUGAUAUAUUACCAUAUAUUUUACUCGAGGGGACUCGUCAACAUGUUUUAGGAAAUAUGGUAGCACAAAAUUCAGUAUACGGAUGGUUUGUAUAUGGCCCUUUCAAAAUAAACUCCCUUUCACUCGUUACAGUUGAUAUAAAUGAAAAAACUAGGGAAUCCAAUGAAAUUUGUGUUCAGCUUAGGAAGUUUUGGGAAACUGAAGAGAUAUUUAACAGUAGUGUCUUAUCAGAAGAAGAUAAAUUUUGUGAAAAACUAUUUGCAAAAACCACUUUUCGACGAAAAGAUGGAAGAUAUGUGGUAAAGUUACCAUUCAGAUCAGAGUUUCCAGAAAUAAUAAAUCUAUCUUCAUCUCGCUACCAAGCAAAGAAACAAUAUCUUCACAUGGAAGCCAAUUUAGCUAAAAAAUCAAAUCUUCUGGACAUUUAUAAUAAUAUAUUGAAGGAAUAUAUAGAUUUAGGUCAUAUGAAAAAAUGCAAUUCAACUGAAAUAGAAGAACAUGGAAAAUACUAUUCAUAUUAUUUGCCACAUCAUGCUGUGUUUAGACCUGAAAGUGCUUCAACAAAGGUUCGCGUGGUGUUUAAUGGUUCACGAAAAACACAAAGUUCAUAUUCGUUGAAUGAUAUCUUAUAUAGUGGACCAACCCUUCAGUCAGAUUUAAUGACUAUAAUUUUAAACUGGCGAAAAUAUGAAUAUGUAUUCAAUGGCGAUAUUGAAAAAAUGUAUCGUCAAAUAAUGAUUAAUGAAUCAGAUAGACCAUAUCAGAGGAUAUUGUUCCGCAAUGUCACUACAGGUAACAUAGAAGAUUAUGAAUUAACUACGGUAACUUUCGGCAUAAAUUGUGCUCCUUACUUAGCUAUUCGAACACUUCUACAAUUGGCUGACGAAUCUGAAACACUUAAUCCAUUAGCGUCAUUAAUAUUAAGAAAUGAGACUUAUGUGGAUGAUGUGCUAUCAGGAGGACAUACAUUGGAAUCAGCAAUAGAAUCUCAGAAACAGUUGUGCACCGCACUAAAUUCUGCAGGAUUUCCAUUGAGAAAAAUAACAGCCAAUCACCAUAGACUAUUAGAACAUAUUCCAAAGGAAAAUCUUUUAAAUGACGAUUUAUUGAAAUUUAAUGAUUCAAGCUCAACGAAGACUCUUGGUAUUUGUUGGAACGCUAUGAGUGAUACUUUCAAUUACAAAGUCGAAUCUAUUUCUCUAGGAAGUACAGUAACAAAAAGGCAAAUAUUAUCUUGCAUUGCAAAACUUUUUGAUCCGGCAGGAUGGCUAACGCCUAUAAUUAUUGAAGCUAAAAUGCUUCUUCAGAACUUAUGGCAAGAUGGUGUAGAGUGGGAUGAGAAUGUCAAUUCACAUAUAUUUCAAAAGUGGAAAUUGUUCAUUGACAAUUUUCAUCAUAUCGAUAGAAUUCAAAUUCCUCGUUGGGUGAAUUUUCAACCUGAAAAUUAUAUCCAGUUGCAUGGGUUUUGCGAUGCCUCAGAAAGGGCAUACUGUGCCGCAGUAUACCUUAGAUCGGAGAAUCCAAACCGAAGAAGCACACAUUUGCUAGUGGCUAAAAGCAAGGUAGCUCCGCUAAAAAAACUUAGUCUUCCGCGCUUGGAAUUGUGUGGCGCCUUACUUCUUUCCAAAUUAGUAAGGCAAUUGUUAUGUGAUAAUUUGUUCCCAAACACAUCUGUUUAUUUAUGGACAGACUCCACCAUUGUUCUUGCUUGGCUUCAAAAACAUCCAUCUACGUGGAAAACUUUUGUAGCCAAUAGAAUCUCCAAAAUUAUUGAAAAUGUCGUUGAUGCCACGUGGAGACACGUACCUACAUCUGAAAAUCCAGCCGAUCUUGGAACACGAGGAUGCAAGCCUCAAGAUCUAGUUAAUAAUCCAUUGUGGUGGCAUGGACCUCUUUGGCUUCUUAGCUCUCAAGAUCACUGGCCAAUGUUCUCUCAACUACUCCAAGACGCGCCAGACCAAAGAAAAAUAUGUCUAAUUGCUUGUUCCACAGAUCCAGCUCCAUCUUCGUCUUUUAAGAAUAAAGAGACUGUACUAAAACAACCUUCGAGAUCUCAGGUACCGUCAGCAAUAGCAGAAAGUGGAGAGGAACUUUCUAUUAUUAAUAGUUUCUCAAGAUAUCACCGAGCACUUCGCGUUAUAGCCUAUGUCUAUCGUUUCUACAAUUUAGCCUCAAAAAAGGUUACAACUUUUCCAGAAACUAUAACUCAGAACGAACUCAACAAUUCUAAAGUUGUUCUAAUACGACUGACGCAAAGGACAUAUUAUUUCUAUGAAUAUAACGACUUGUCCAACUCCAGAGCUAUUUCUAAGAAAAGCUCGUUAAUAACGCUGAACCCAUUUCUAGAUUCUAACGGCCUUCUACGAGUUAACGGUCGCUUAGUUAAUUCAUCUAUGAGCUAUGACGAAAGGUUUCCCAUAAUCAUUCCAUACAAAUCGAACUUAUGUGAAAUGAUUUUGAAAUUUAUUCACCAAAAUCUGAUGCAUGCUGACGUUUCUUUAAUGCUUAGUAUGGUUAGAUACCAAUUUUAUAUUCCAGCUCUAAAGAGAGCCGUUAAAAAAUGUAUAAAUAAGUGCUUAACUUGUGUUCGCUAUAAGCAAAGGGUACUAUCGCAAAUAAUGGCAGCUUUGCCAGCUGAGAGAACUACGUUCUCCUUACCGUUUACCUUUACAGGUGUAGACUUUGCUGGACCUUUUCAGAUAAAAGCUGGGCAUUUGCGAAAUUCACCCUAUAUGAAGGGAUACGCCUGCAUAUUCGUUUGCUUUGCUACACGAGCUAUACACCUAGAACCAUGUUCCAAUCUUUCAUCUGAGGCUUUUCUGGCUACAUUUGAUAGGUUUGUUGGAAGACGAGGUUUACCUAAGCGUCUGAUGUCAGACAACGGUACUAAUUUCGUAGGCGCUAGUAAAACAUUGCUUGCUGAAUAUGCAAUGUUUUUAGAACAAUCCUAUAGGGAUAUAGUUGAAAAAUAUGCUAUCCACGGCUUCGAGUGGAAAUUCAUCCCACCAAGUGCCCCACACAUGGGAGGCUUAUGGGAAGCUGGAGUUAAAAGCUUCAAGCUUCAUUUUAGAAAAGUUGUAGGAAACCAUAAAUUUAAUUUUGAAGAAUUCUCUACACUUUUAAUUAGGAUUGAAGGUGUUCUUAAUUCUCGUCCGUUGUCUCCAAUGACUGAGGAUCCUAAGGAUUUAGAAGUUUUAACUCCCGGACACUUUCUACGAGGUUCACCACUAAUGGCGCCACCAGAAAUGCCAAAUGAUGAUCUAAAUAUGUCACUACUGAAUCGAUGGGAAAAAUUGAAGGCCCUUCAUCAUCGAUUUGCUCAACGAUGGAAGACCGAAUACUUGCAAGAACUUCAUAAGCGCUACAAAUGGAGAUAUCCAAAGAAGGAGUUGAUUGUAGGAGAUUUCGUCAUUAUAAAGGAUGAACUACUUCCUCCUAGUGAUUGGCGGUUAGGUCGCAUUGAAACUAUAUAUCUCGGAUCUGAUAAACGAGUACGAGUGGCUGAUAUCCGAACGCAAUAUGGUUUGGUUACUCGGCCGAUAGUAAAACUCUGUUGGUUGCCAAUCUUGGAUAAGUAG